AUAGAGCCUGUCCAAACAGUUGUAAAGACGUCAGCAUCUUCCCUCCACAAUGGCUCAAAACCGGAUGGAGUUUUGGAUGCUCAAACAAGCACUCAGGGUGAAAUUACUUCAAAGGACCAGCCUUCAUCGUCUAAUCCCGACAACCUUUCCGCAAGCAAGAAAAUUGCCAAGAAGUUGAGGAAUUGCUUGCGAUACUUUCUUCCACCAAAGUGGUCGAGUGAAAAAGAACGAAUUCAAUUAAUGUCCGACGCUGAAUUAGCGGAAUUCCCCCUCGAUUCCUUCUUUACUCAAUAUGAGACGGGUUUGAGAGCUCUAUUAGACACCGUCAAAUCCCAAGCCACUGUUACUAGUGAAGCUCUAGACAAUCUACGAAUGGAUGUGGGAAGGUUACUUGAUAGGAUUGCUCCGACUUUGCAAGCAUCUUCACAACCGCUGGAGGACGUGGACACACUAGUGAGGAAAUAUCUCGACGAUAACGAACAGAAUUAG